CAUUCUCCUCUUCCUCCUCCUCAGACUCCUGCUCUUCAUCCAUGUCCUCACCAUCCUCUUCCUCAGCCGCUAGCUCCUCCUCCUGCGUCUCUUCUUCUACCGAUUCUGCUUCCUCCUCUGCCUCUCGUUCCCUUCCCUCGUCGUCGUCUUCUUCUCCUUCUUCUUCUUCGGCGUCCACAUCCUCAGGAGCUUCCUCGUCAUCAGUCUCCUCGUCAUCGGGGGUCUCUUCCUGUACCGUCUCCUCUUCCAGAUUGGGGUCCUCUUCCAGCUCUUCUUCCUCAGUGGUUUCCUCUUCCUCACUCUUUUCUUCUUCAAUGUUUUCCUCUAUCCCCUCAUCUUCUUCUUCUUCCUCCUCCUCCACCUCCUCGUCUUCCUCUUCAUGUUCAUCACUUGCAGCUCUAUCAUCCUCCACUACCGCUUCCCCCUGCUCCUCUCCCCCAGCAUCAUCUCCAUCUGCAAACGCCUCCUCAACUCUAUCGUGGUCCCCCAAGGGGUCUUGAGCCCGCACCAGGCCACACAGUGGCGCCAGGGACGGGCAAAGCAACAGCAUCAGGACUAGAACCGUCACACCCGCCAUUUUGGCAGAGAGACCGGGAGAGGUUUGUGGAGUAGGAGCUGGAGGUGAGGCGGUCAGAAGAGUCUGAGCCAGCUCUGGACCAGAGGACACAGUGGAAAAACAAGUGGGUGAGCAGCAGCGUUGGAGAUCAUGACCCGGGUGGCAAACGGGAGUGGCACUGCCAGACGGAAGAGCCAGUCGAAACGAAAAACUUGUGCAUGAGCUGAAAAGCUACAAAGACUUUAAACAUUGUGAGGGUGUGAAAACAUUAAAAUUAAUUGUAACCACUGCGCCAGGGUGUGGUGUUUCCGUGACGCAAGAGAGGAUCCGGGUCGGAGACUUCCACAGCGGCACUCAACAAAGAAGAACCCACAAAAGAUGUCGGCACCAACCCCCCCUGGAGGCACUUAGACAACUGCUGGCCCAGGUCUCAGCGGCAAGUCAGCAACGGGCACAUCAGCUGAAAACUUUGACGGACAGAGCAGAGGCAACGGGAGCGGGGUCGACCAUGAAGCGCAUGGUGGAAGGGGAGGAUCCCCAGACAUUCCUGGACGUCUUCGAAGUAACAGCAAUAGCAAGCAGAUGGCCGGAAGAAGAAUGGGGUGCAAGACUGCUGCCGCUCCUGGUGGGGGAGGCACAGCGGGCGGUGUUGAGUCUCCCGGCAGCCGCCCGCAAGCAGUAUGCCAACCUCCGUCAUGCCAUCCUGGACCGAGUCGGCAGCAUCCCCGAAGACCACCGCCGAAGAUUCAGGGCGAUGAAGCUGGAGCCAGACGGCCGGCCUUUCAUCUUCACGUACCAGCUGAGGGACGCAGCGACCCGGUGGCUCCAGCCCAACGGGCAAGACCAGAAAAUGCUGGAAGCCAUCAUCCUGGAGCAGUUCCUGGACGCCAUCCCGACCAGGACCUCAGCUUGGGUGAGGUACCACAGCCCUUCAAAGCAGCAGUGAGGCUAGCGGAGGAACUACUGGCGGUUCAGCGGGAGGCAACGCCGAGGACGGCCGCGGUACCCACCUCAGCGUUCCGCCGUCGACUUGCCCUGCGAUGGGGGUGGGGGGGUUAUGACGAACAGGUUCCCCAUACGGGCACACAGAAAAAUACACAUACCCACACACACCACAAAGGGGGGGACACAGGGAUAUAACAAAUGGGUUUCUUACAUGUUGCAGGGUAGCAGCGCUGCAGACAUGGGGCUUCCCUCGCAAAGGGCACCUCAACUGCCAGGGCCGGUGUGUUGGGGGUGCGGACAGCCCGGUCACGUGCGCUAGGAACGCUCCAUGAUUGAGGUGGGGCAGGUGAUGCGGGUUGUCGGGCCUCCAGCACCCGCCCCAAAUCUGGGUAGACGUACUAUGUCCCGGUAAAGGUACAAGGGAGUACAUACCGGGCGAUGUUGCAUUCGGGCUGUAAGCAGUCCCUGUUUCACCAAAACCUGGUUCGGCCCGGGGUUUUGAGGUAGGCAACACUGGUGAAAAUUAGGUGUAUUCAUGGGGACGUCCACAAAUACCCUAUUGUACCAGUGGAAAUUGUAUAUGGCAAGCAAAAGCAUAAAGUUAAAGUUGACGUAAGCGCGCAACUCACGCACCCCGUAAUUUUAGGGACGAAUUGGCCGGGAUUUAAUCUAUUAUUGACACAAUGUGUGGGGGUGCGUUCACGGACAGUAGGCGAGGGGAGUAUCUGCGCCAUUCUUAGCGGCGACGCGGCUGCAUCCGGGAGUGGCGAGCGGGAGCCGGUGGGGGCUUCGCGGGAGGCCCCCCGGCUCCUCGGUGGCCACCUAUGGAGGACUUUCCCCUCGAGCAGUCCCGUGAUGAAACUAUGCGCGAGGCUUGGGACCAGGUCGACUUUAUUGACGGUCAGCUGGGGCGCCAGCGCGGGUAUUUCCACAUUUUUCAGUUAUUAGGGAUAGACUUUACCGAGUGGGCCGUGACACGCAUACCGGGGAGAAAUACACCCAGUUGUUGGUGCCAAAACGCCACCGGGAAAUGAUUUUCCAGGGGGCGCAUGUUAAAGGCCUACUGAAACCCUCUGCUACCCACCACGCAGUCUGAUAGUUUAUAUAUCAAUGAUGAAAUAUUAACAUUGCAACACAUGCCAAUACAGCCUUUUUAGUUUACUAAAUUGCAAUUUCAAAUUUCCCGGUAGUUUCUUCUUGAAAACGUCGCGUAAUGAUGACGUGUACGCCUGACGUCACGGACUGUUAGGAAAUUUGAGCGCUGCACAAACACACAGCUAAAAGUCGUCUGCUUCAACCGCAUAAUUACACAGUAUUUUGGAGAUCUGUGUUGCUGAAUCUUUUGCAAUUUGUUCAAUUAAUAUCGGAGAAGUCAAAGUAGAAAGAUGGAGUUGGGGAGCUUCAGCCUUUAGCCACACAAACACACAGGGAAUCCUUGUUUAAAAUUCCCAGAGGUGAAACUUUACUAUGGAUCAGAACGGUCAAGCGAACAUGGAUCCCGACCGAAUGUCAACCAGCAGGUUUCGGUGGUAAAAAGUCGCUUCUUACCGGAGAUCAGCUGAGCUUGCGCCGUCCACAAAGCUGCCGUCGACUUCCCUGAGACACUGGCGUCAAGACACCCGUGGACACACACCUCCGACUAACAGGUACUGUAAAACUCACUAAAACACUAACAACACAAUAGAAAGAUAAGGGAUUUCCCAGAAUUAUCCUAGUAAAUGUGUCUAAAAACAUCUGAAUCCGUCCCAAUGCAAUCACGUUUUUUUGGGGGGUUUUUUUAGUCCGUAGGUAUCAAUAUCCUCAAAGACGAAUCUUUCAUCCUCGCUCAAAUUAAUGGGGAAAUUGUCGUUUUCUCGGUCCGAACAGCUCUUUUUGUUGGAGGCUACCAUUAAAAAAAAUGUGAUGACGUGAAGAGCCAUCAACGGGUGACGUCCUCGUCUGCGACUUCCGGUAAAGGCAGGGCUUUACUGUUAGCGACCAAAAGUUGCGAACUUUAUCGUGGAUGUUCUCUACUAAAUCCUUUCAGCAAAAAUAUGGCAAUAUCGCAAAAUGAUGAAGUAUGACACAUAGAAUGGACCUGCUAUCCCCGUUUAAAUGAGAAAAUCUCAUUUCAGUAGGCCUUUAACCCAAUGGCUGGACAUUUAGGGUAUGGCAAAACAAUUAAUCGGCUCAUGGUCCAACUCUAUUGGCCAGGCCUCCGGGCGGAUGUGCGCCUGUGGCCCGUAGCCUGCCCGGACUGCCAGCUGGUGAAUCCAGUGGCCACCUCACGGGCAGUGUUAAGCCCAUUGCCGCUCAUAGAGGUUCCAUUUGAGACAAUUGGUUUGGACUUCAUCGGACCAUUUCACCAGAGUACACGGGGAUAUCGCUUUGUUUUAGUCCUGGUGGAUUACGCAACACGGUAUCCCGAAGCAGUGCCUUUGCCCUUUAUCUCCGCCAAAAGCGUUGCGCAAGCACUGUUUCAGGUCAUCUCCCGAGUUGGAAUCUCGGAAGAAAUUCUGACUGUCCAGGGCAAGAGAGGAUCAGGGUCGGAGACUUCCACAUACUUGUUGCCUUGUUUUUAAUGAAUAUUUAGCCCUACUAUGCUAUUGUAUUUUAAUGUUGGUCAUUAUGUUGGUACUUCAAAAGCCAAGUGUUUUCAGAGGUGGAAAAAAGUUAGAGAACCACAUCUUAAGAGGACGGACCAAAAAAUAUGUCCGUCAUCAAGCAGAAAAACUCAGUCAGAGGGGUAAAAUUUCCCAGCCAAGCCCUACAGGAGCAUGCAAUUAAGUUGUCAAAGUGAUGUAAGGAAUGGAUGUAAAUAGAAGGGAGCUGAGAUGAUAUAUGUAACGUUUGUGUGCAAUGCAGACUUGAGUAGUCAACAUUCCAAAAACUGUUUAACAAUAUAAUUGUGUCGUUUUUCUUUUAUUUAAAGCAAUGCAAUAAGUAGCACGCUAAUUUGAACAAAGUAUUUGAGUGAAACAGAUAACAUUUUCAAGGCGUUGGUGCGGCUGACAGGUGGCCCAGCUGGCUAUUUAGGGUAAAGACUCCUUCAAGAGGAAUGCUCCAGUGCCACGACCUUUAGUGCAGCUGUGACGAAGCGACCCACAAGCCUGUGAAGCACCUUCACGCCUCAACACUGACAGGCCACAACAUUAGGUACAGCAGCUCAGUAUUAAUAGUACUAUGUUUCAUACGGUUUCUAAUAAAUUGAGCAUUAUUGGAACUAAUAAAAAGUCUAGUUUAUCUUUCUUUUUUUUGGGGCUUUAAGUGUAUACAAUGAGACACUUGUAAAUGUGCACAUAUUUUAUUCACAGUGCAGUAAAAAGAGUAAAUUGAGAAUCCAUCCAAAAUGUAACAAAUAUUCAGCAAUGAAUGCAAACAAUUAGUUGCCAUGCAAUGCAUUUAGCCCCACCCCCCCGUGUCAAACCAUUUUUCAAGUGUUACAUAAUGUUUAUACAUUAUACAGUGGAAAAACAUAAAUAUAAAACAUUUGAGGAGUAAACAUAAAUGACCUUUUAAAAAGCAUUUACUGUACAUCAACACUGUGACAAUGUAACAGCUGUUUUCCAUUGUACUAUUGAAGCCAGUCAUAAUAUAGUCUGGCAAGAACAUUAUGAAAAUGUACAUUUGUCAUGGCAACAGCCAGGGUAAAAAAAAAUUAAAAUAAAAUAAAUAAACUAAAAAAAA